AAUAAUUUUACCAAAACCCCAAAUUGUUCUCUUCUCCAAAAAAGUUUGCAAGUCUAUUUGCUUGGAGAAAAAGAAAACCAAGCAAAAUAAACAUAGUAGAGCAGUGAACUGAACAAAAGCACCAUCGUCCAUUUUCCAUCGCCAUCUCAUUUCUUAGUCUCAUUGCCUUUCUUUCUCUCUAGAAUUCCCCGCCCGUGCAAGGUAGUUGUCACUUUAUCACUUUAUAGAGAUGUUCCUCACUAGGACCGAGUAUGACAGAGGAGUCAAUACCUUCUCACCUGAAGGCCGAUUGUUUCAGGUUGAGUAUGCUAUUGAGGCUAUCAAGCUGGGUUCUACUGCAAUUGGGAUAAAGACUAAGGAUGGUGUUGUGCUUGCUGUGGAAAAGCGUAUCACAUCUCCAUUGCUGGAGCCUAGCAGUGUUGAAAAAAUCAUGGAAAUUGACGAGCAUAUAGGAUGUGCUAUGAGUGGAUUGAUUGCUGAUGCUCGCACACUUGUUGAGCAUGCACGAGUGGAGACUCAGAAUCAUAGGUUCUCUUAUGGUGAACCAAUGACUGUUGAGUCGACUACACAGGCUCUAUGCGAUCUCGCACUUCGUUUUGGGGAAGGAGAUGAAGAGUCAAUGUCUCGCCCUUUUGGUGUAUCUCUCCUCAUUGCAGGUCAUGAUGAAAAUGGACCAAGCCUAUAUUACACAGAUCCUUCUGGUACGUUCUGGCAGUGUAGCGCAAAGGCUAUCGGUUCUGGUUCUGAAGGUGCAGAUAGCUCCUUGCAGGAGCAGUAUCGAAAGGAUUUAACUUUUCAAGAAGCUGAGACCAUAGCACUUUCCAUAUUGAAGCAGGUUAUGGAAGAGAAGGUGACCCCAAACAACGUUGACAUUGCAAAGGUUUCCCCAACCUACCACUUAUAUUCCCCAGCUGAGGUAGAGGCUGUCAUCAGUCGCUUGUAAGCAUGGUGCAGCUUUGUCUUUAGUGCUACUGAUAUCUCUGGAACUCUUUCUUUCUCCUUUGUUGACGUGAACUGUAGGCUACUGUUUCAGUUUGUUAUUUGAAUGUAUUCGUGUGCAUGCCCUAUUUGAGGUCCGAAGCGGGGCCUGUUCAGUACUGUAUUAGACUUGUCUUAUUAGAGGAUCUUGAUUCGGGUUGUUACACAAAUAAGAUAGGAACUUAGAGAAUUAUGGUUUUCCGAAUUUGCGUUUGAGACGCUAUAAAAUUGCUUUCGUUGAAUAUUUAUAUCAAAUCGCUCUUUUGUUAAACUUUGAUCAUCAAGAAAAUUUUUGCAAGCGCGGUGGUUUGUACA